AUGCGUCUUUCUAUAGAUGAAACCCAAUUAGUGGAAGAUUUGAUAAGAAAAAAUGUGAAACCAAAAGAUAUAUUAUCUACAUUAAAGAAGGAAAAUGUAGAAAAUUUAUCUAUUCUUCCAACUAUAUAUAAUGCACGCCAAAAAUUCAGGAUGAAGGAGAAUAGUGGCAAAACUCAAAUGCAAGUUGUUAUGUCUUUCUUGGCUGAGAAUGACUAUAUGUACUAUAGUCGUGCCGAUAAGUCAACUAACGAGCUUCAAGAUUUGUUUUUUGCUCACCAAAGAUCAUUGGAGAUGUGGCGCACAUUCCCACAUGUCAUGUUGAUGGAUGCGACAUACAAAACAAACAGGUACGAGAUUCCCCUCCUUGAAAUAGUUGGUGAACCAGAGAGGCACAAUACAUUUUUGUUUCAACAACCUUCAACAUUUUAUUCAAAUUCACUUAUGAGUGAAAUUCCAAAUGAAUUUCAUCCAUAUGUUACAAACAUUGAAGAUGUGGAGGGAGAUGGAAAUUGUGGAUUUCGGGAUGACAUAAACAACGUACAACACUCGUUGAGUUUCACUGGAUUUGGUUCUGCACAAAGUGAAUAUUGGUUGAUUAUGCCGGAUACUGGAUUUCUCAUCGCUAAUAAGUAUGGUGUAAUUGUCUAUUUUUUAGACAAACAAGGUUCGUUGACCUGUUUUCCACUUUGGCAUGGUCCGCAAGAUAUUUCACAUCAUAGAUCUAUUGUUAUCGCCUUCAUUUAUAAUGGUCAUUACGUAAAAGUUGAUUUACAAGAAUUACAUCCAAUGCCUACAAUUAUGUCACUUCCGCGUCACCACAGAUCAGAACGUGCCGCUGGAUGGGAAAUAUUGUAUAAUGCUUGA